AUGCAGACCGCCGUCGUCCUCUUGUCCGUCCUCGUUCUCGGCGUGUCCUCCCAGAGCGAGGCGGACCUCACCGUAAUGACCCGUGCGGGGCUAGUUCGGGGUAUCCACAGGCCUGUGCUGGAGAGGGGUCACGUCACCGCCUUCCUGGGAAUCCCCUUCGCCGAACCGCCUCUGGGGAAUCGGCGUUUCCGCCCAGCUGAGCCCAAACGUCCCUGGAAGGGGGUGUACGACGCCCAUCACUACCCUAACGCCUGCUUCCAGUUUGUGGACACCACCUUCCCCGGCUUUACGGGCAGCGAGAUGUGGAACCCCAACAGGGAGAUGAACGAGGACUGUCUCUACCUCAACGUGUGGGUGCCCCCGUCACCCAGACCUCACAAUCUCACCGUCAUGGUUUGGAUCUACGGCGGAGGAUUUUACAGCGGUUCAUCCUCUCUGGACGUGUACGACGGCCGUUACCUGGCGUACACAGAGACGGUGAUAGUGGUGUCCAUGAACUACCGCAUCGGAGCCUUCGGUUUCCUGGCGCUAGAUGGCUCCUCGGAAGCUCCCGGCAACGUGGGCCUGCUGGACCAGAGGAUGGCGUUGCAGUGGGUCCAAGACAAUAUCCAUCACUUUGGCGGAAACCCAAAACAGGUGACCAUCUUUGGGGAGAGUGCCGGCGGCGCCUCGGUGGGAUUCCACCUGUUGUCUCCGGAUAGCCGGCCAGUCUUUACCAGAGCCAUCCUCCAGAGCGGGGUCCCCAACACCCCCUGGGCCACCGUCAGUCCGGCAGAGGCGCGUAGACGGGCCAUGCAGCUGGCCAAACUGGUGGGCUGCAACGGGGGGAAUGACACAGAGAUCGUCGACUGCCUACGUGGCAAAACGCCCCAGGAACUCAUUGAGCAGGAGUUUCAGGUCCUCCCGUGGAUGUCCAUCUUUCGGUUUUCUUUCGUCCCCGUGGUGGACGGCGACUUCGUGCCCGACACGCCGGAGGCCAUGCUCAACUCUGGCAACUUUAAGGACACUCAGGUCCUGCUGGGGGUCAACCAGGAUGAAGGCACCUACUUCUUGUUGUACGGCGCGCCAGGCUUCAGCAAGGACAACGACAGCCUCAUCUCCAGGGGGGACUUCCUCGAAGGUGCCAAACUGAGCGUGCCCCACGCCAACGACAUCGGGUUAGAAGCGGUGGUGCUGCAGUACACCGACUGGAUGGACGAGAACAACGGAGUCAAGAACCGCGACGCGUUGGACGACAUUGUGGGCGACCACAACGUCAUCUGCCCUCUGGCUUUCUUUGCUCGCGCCUUCGCUCAGCACAACGCUCUCAAGUCCAACGCAGGGGUGUUUCUCUACCUAUUUGACCACCGAGCGUCAAACCUACCUUGGCCGGAGUGGAUGGGCGUGAUCCACGGCUACGAGAUCGAGUUCGUCUUCGGCCUUCCCCUGGAUAAGAAAUUCAACUACACCCAGGACGAGGAGAAACUCAGUCGACGCACCAUGAGAUACUGGGCUAACUUUGCGCGAUCCGGCAACCCUAACAUGAACGUGGACGGUACGGUGGAGAACAGGAAGCGCUGGCCGCAGUUCACCGUCGCCGAACAGAAGUACGUGGCGCUCAACACGGAGCCCGUCAAGGUUCACAGGGGUCUCAGAAACCAGAUGUGCGCUUUCUGGAACCACUUCCUGCCGCGCCUCCUUAACAUCACCGACAACAUCGACGAGGCCGAACGCCAGUGGAAGGUGGAGUUCCACCGUUGGUCGUCCUACAUGAUGCACUGGAAGAGCCAGUUCGACCAUUACAGCAAGCAGGAGCGCUGCGCCGACCUCUGA